UAACGCUCUGGUCUGCUACCCGCAGCCUCUCAGCGAAGAAAGCUGGUCAAAUCCAGCGCGACUUUGGGCUCAGUUCGGUUUCACACUCGGACGCGAGCAGAAGUGUCCGCGAAUCAGUCUAAACACUAAACACUAAAAAAGGAAAUCACCAGAGCCCCAGAAAACAUAAACAUUCAGAACGACCGAUCGCACAGUGGUCAAAUACAAUACAAUUAUAUACAAUUAUUUUUUUGCGAGUGUUGUGUUGCAAGUGACCCAUCGAACGAUCGACUAUUUGGAUUAAUCACACGGAUUUUCGGCAACGCAGGCGCACCACAAUCAACGGGGAUCCCGCGAGGAUCCUGACCAACUCUACUUUUCAACUAUAAUGCGGUUUGGUUGGCAGUGCGCUGCGACCACAGCUAAAGGCACCACCACGGCCGGCAACGGAAACGGAAACGCCAACGGGAGCGGAAGCGGAAGCGGAAGCGGUAGUGGAAGUGCCCAUCCCAGUGGAUUCUACCAUGCGGCAAUGGCUCGUCCGCUGCUCCUGCUCCUGCCCAUUCUCCUGAUCGCCGCCCAGCUGCCCCAAUCCGUCCAGGGGCGUAGCACCACCACCACCACUAGUACCGGUAGCAGCAGCACCACCACCAGCAGUGGUGGUCUAACGGUAAUCGACGGCGAGCGACUGCGCGUGCGCAGCACCUCGAGCAGCGCCAGCAACCAGCCGGCGAUCCCGGCGAGCGCCAGUCCGCGCAAGCGCCACCGCAAGCGGAACAGCAACUGGAUCGACUACCGCAACUUCGACGAGAACACCACCGCCCUGGAGUGGGCCAAUCCCUGCGGGGGCAACUACCAUCCAGCGGCGGCGGAGCGCUUCAAUCGCCAGCGGCCCAGGCAGAGCUUCAAUCAGCUGAAGCGACACGCUUUUAGGGAGUACCGCAGCUUGAACAGCAGCCAGGACUCGGCCAUCGACAUCCGCAACAUGACCAUGUGGUCGCUCCACACGCACAACUACAAGUUCCUCCCCAAGCUGAAGCCCAAUUCCACGAUUGCCCUGAAGCGCUGGUACCGCAACAUGCAAACGUACGUGGCGAGCUUCGCGUAUCUGCGGCGGCAGCAGAUCCGCUGGGACCAGCGGUCCAUCACCCGCGAGUCGAGCACCGCCCGCGAGCUGCGCGAGCUGCUUUUGAGCUCGCGGCGCAUCCUCUGCGAGCUGGAGACCGCCGUCAACCAGACGCAGAGUCCGCGGCAGAAGCAGCGGCGCAGUGGUGCGGCGGCGCAGUCGACGUCGGCGGCAACGAUGACAACGGUGGCGGUGGGUCAGCUGCCGCAGAUAUCGCGGCGCGAGAUGAACAAGCGUCUGAAGCUGCGCUCCAAGACGGCCGGCGAUCCGGAUGGCGAUUCGGGAGCGGGAGCCAGUGCGUCCGGCGAGGCGGACUCCAUUGAUAUGCGGUUCGUGAAGCACCACUACUACGACUUCCUGCGCACCAUGUACCAGUUGUUGCGGCGCGAUGGCAAGAAGAUCAGGAGUCGACCGCGCAAGCACCACCGGAAACAGCAGCAGCACCACCACAACCAUCACCACCAAUCGCAGCAGCAGCAGCAGCCGCAGCAGCAGCAUCCGAAGAAGAAGAAGAGCCAGCAGAAGAAGCAGCAACUGGCGGAAUUCAAUGAGGUGUCCAAGCCAUCGGCGGUUGGUGGUGCAGCAGCCAACGGUGGUUCGCAAUUUGCGGCAGGAAGACGCGGCAAGCGACAAUCGAAACGCGUGCAGCGCACGUGAAAGCCACAUUAAAAUCCAACCCCCACCACCCACUCCCCCUCAGGAUGUCCAAGCCCCCACCCCCUCAAUGAAUCC